GUUAUUUUUGGAUUAUCUAAUGCUAAACAUUUGGAUUCUUUACUUCGAUUCAUGUCCGGAGUUUUUAUUCCAUCAUUUUAUCAAAAUUCCAUCUGGCCAGAUAGUAUUAAAAAUGAAUUCACCUUGAAAUUGCAACGUUUUAUGGCUCAUCUAAAUGACACUAAAUGGAAAAGUGAAAAUAAAACAGUACUUUAUAUUCCAUUAGAGGCCGUUUUAACCAAUGUUGACAUAGCAAGCAAAAAUAAAGAAAUGAUCCAACGACUUGAAAUGAUCUUGAUACAUUGGACAAGACAAAUUAAAGAACUUUUGAGCAGUCAAGAUGCUUUACAACUUUCCGAAGGAUCUGGACCUCUUGAAGAGAUCCAGUUUUGGAGCAAUAGAUGUGACGAUUUAUCAGGCAUAACUCUUCAACUUGAUAAACCAGGAGUUAAAAAAGUUACUGCUUUAUUGCAAAUUUUCAAAUUUGCAUUCUUAAACAUAAAAAUUUUUAUUACCCUUACGAGAAUAGAGCCUAUAAGUAAAAGAUUUAAGAGGAAUAAGCUUAUCAAGAAAAGAAGUAAUGAAGGUUCUUUACAGGCGCAAAGUAAUUUAAAGUUUUUGAAAACUAUGCAAAAUUUAUGCCAAGAUUUGGCUAAUCUUAAUCCAAGUAAAAUUCCUGAAAUUUUGCCAAAAAUUCUCAAAAAAGUGAGAAUGAUAUGGGUACAUUCUGUUUUUUAUAAUGGUAAAGAAAGAAUAACAAGUCUUUUAAGAAAACUUAGUAACGAAGUAAUAAAUAGAUGUACGGCAGCCAUUAGUCUGGAUAAUGUAUUUGGAGGAUUUGUUGAAUCGAGUAAAAAAGUUUUAUUUGAGUGCAUAAACUGUUGCGAAAGUUGGAAACAAAUUUACAAUAUGGUUACUUCUACUCACUCUAAAUACUCCAAACACGAUUGGAUGUUGGAUCAAACAGGUAUUUUUGCUCAGGUCGAUGCAUUUAUUCAAAGAUGCAAAGAUCUUGUAGAGGUUUGUGAUUGCCAGUACCACUUCUCUAGAGCCAAAGAUGGUGUAAAAAUUGCUUUGCCGAUUUUCAAGGGCCAAAGAGGGGGAGAAAUUUUAAGAGGGUAUUUAGAAAUAGAAAGUAUCUUUGAAAAAAAUUUAAAAGCUCUUAUUGCAGUUAAAAAAAGUAUCUUGGACGUCAAGGCUAUGUCUUGGUUGGAUGAUUACAGCAAACUUUUUAUUAAUGAAAUCAAUUACAUAAAAAGAGAAUUAUCACAAAAAUCGGCAGUUUUGUUACCUUGGUAUCCAAAGUUUGCUGGUCAAAGUCUAUGGAUUAAACUAAUGAAAAGAAGAUUAGAAAGAAAUAUGAUGUUAUUUGACAAAGCCAAGUACCUGCCGAAUGUUUACAUAGGAGAUGAGAUUAGAACUAUUUAUAGUCAACUUUGUCAUUCAAUAGAUGAAUUUGCAAUGAAAAAUUUUUAUGAAUGGACUAGUGAACUUUCAAAGGAUCCAUACAAAUUACUUGAUACACCUUUGUUAAAGCGUAACGUAGAAAAAGGCCUUAUAGAUAUUAAUUACGAUGAAUCUUUACUGAAAUCGUUCAGAGAAGUACAUUACUGGGAGAAGCUUUCAUUUGAAAUGCCCCAUUACAUAUAUGAUGCAUCUCUGAGAAGAGAAGCAUACAGAUUGCAAAGAGAAAAUGUUUACCUCGUCGUCAGAGAAUACAACAGAAUUAUAGCUUUACUUUCACCAGAAGAACGAGGUUUGUUCAGAGAACGAAUAAUGUUUCUUGAUAGAAAAAUUCUUCCGGGCCUUACUAAAAUUACAUGGUCCCAAGCCCAAACUGCUGAACAAUUUUUGCAAGAGUGUCGUGUCAACAUCAGUAGAGUUCAAACCCAACUGGAUAGCUACAAAGUGGCAAACAUGGAAAUUAUUGACUUGUGUUUAAAAAUAAGCGAAUUACAUUUUGUGAAAAUUAAUCAGAAAAGAAUUUAUGAAGACUUUGAAUAUCAAAUUGAUCAAACUCAGCAUUGCAAGCUAGUUCUAUCAAAAAUGUUAGCGAAGCACCAGGAAAUAGUCAAAAUUAUGCUUACUACUUAUGAAUAUUUCAAGAAUGAUGGAAAUGAGGUUUGUAUUUGA